GUCAAGCUCGCGACCACGGCCAUCGCGCUCUCGGACCUCGACCACCAGCGGAACGAGUCGCUCACGCUCGCGAUGGCGCGGACCGGCGAUGCGCGCGACGCGCCGCCAGGCGAGGCCAAGCCCAUCCUCUACGUCAAGGUCAAGUUCAUGUACUCCCGGCUGCUGCCCAUCCGCCACGCGAUCUACGGCAUGCUCGAGCACGAGCGCCGCCUCGACACCGACAUCUCGAACCUGCGCUACAACAAGCCCACGGAGCACGCCUGGGACUGGCCCGAAGACGAAGCCGCCAAGCGGCGGCCCAACGUCGACCCGAACAUCGACCUCGUCUAA